CAGUGCCCCAUACAUAAUGUCUUUAAGUGAUGUAAUACCUUGCAGUACAUGAUGUUGUAAACAUGUAGUGUAACUGAUGGAAGUUUCAUUCUUCCAAAAAGUAUUACAAAAUCGUUGUGAAUGAACCGAAUGAACUGUGGUGGGGGAUGGAAAGUUGCAUAAUUGAAAAAAAAUUGUGCUUAAUUGAAAUUAGCCUACACCUAGUGAAUACAGUGAGAACAUUUUCAGUACUCGUCAAUAAAAUGACUUCAUACGUAGAGUACAGUCUCCCUUUUUCAUGGUUAUUGGUCCAUGUUAUGUGUUCUAUAUGAUAGAGGUGGGUUACUUAAUGUAUGGAAUAGACGAUCUUUGUCGGUAUUACAUGACUGUCUGGAGGGCGUAUCUCCGAGGUUGUGCAACAUACUCGUGCUACGUCACCGCAUUGUAAUUUCUCCGCCUGAAGUUCUAUAACGUGUCGUGUGAACUGUCUCCACAUAACAGUCAAGACACAGGACUGAACACCGUUUAAUUGUGAAGCCAAGGUCAGGAGUAUCUCACAUGGAUACAGUAAUUCGCAGGUGCCCUUUCCUCACUGUUGUGCCCAGCGUUUGCCUGCAGCUGGCUGGGAAGUCAUCGCUGGUGAAUUAUGCUCUGAGAUGCCCUGUGAUGUUGGAUCUGGCCUCCAGACCUCUGGCCAGAGCUCUGUCUACCUCAGCGUCUGCAUCGAAAGGCACUCCAACAAAUGACGAUCCAAAGCAUGAAGUCAAGUUGCCCUCAGGGCAUGUAGGGCCCCCUGCUGGCCAGACAGUGGGAACCAAAUGUCCUUUCCUGGCUGCAGAAAAUGGUCCAAAACAACAACAGGGUAGUGAGAGAAGUCAGCUGGAGCUGCACGAGGACGUACGGGAGGUGCACUCUGUACACACAGGGAAAAAAGAUGUGGACUUUUUAGGUGUGGAUCUUACUGAGGCAGACAAGGUCAACAUAAAAGCAGCAAAAAGUCUUAUCAAACCCAUAUCUUCCAAAGUGUCUCACCUGCUAAAGGAUAAUCUGCCUGGUGCUGUCACCUUCCAGUACGACAACUAUUUUGGAAAGAAGAUUGAGAGCAAGAAAAAGGAUCACACAUACAGGAUUUUUAAGACUGUAAACCGGAGUGCCCCCUCAUUCCCCAUGGCAGACGACUACUCAGAGUCUCUACAUGCAAAGAGGGAUGUGUCAGUGUGGUGCAGCAACGACUACCUCGGUAUGAGUCGUCACCCCAAAGUCACACAGGCAAUCAUGGAGACUUUACGAAAGCAUGGUGCUGGUGCAGGAGGAACAAGGAACAUUUCAGGGACGAGCAAAUUCCAUGUGGAGCUCGAACAAGAGCUGGCUGAUUUACACGGCAAAGAUGCCGCACUGCUGUUCACAUCGUGUUUUGUGGCGAAUGACUCCACAUUGUUCACUCUGGCGAAAAUGUUACCAGGUUGUGAAAUCUACUCAGACUCAGGAAACCAUGCCUCAAUGAUCCAGGGUAUAAGAAACAGUGGAGUCAAGAAGUUCAUUUUCCGCCACAAUGACGUCAGCCAUCUACGGGAACUACUUGCGAAGUCAGACCCCUCCACUCCAAAGAUUGUUGCCUUUGAGACGGUGCACUCGAUGGAUGGUGCAGUGUGCCCUCUUGACGAGAUGUGUGAUAUUGCUCACAAGUUUGGUGCCAUCACCUUUGUAGAUGAGGUUCAUGCUGUGGGCUUGUAUGGGUCUAGAGGAGGAGGGAUUGGGGACAGAGACAGAGUCAUGCACAAGAUGGACAUCAUCUCUGGUACCCUUGGCAAGGCAUAUGGCUGUGUCGGAGGCUAUAUCGCCAGCACCGACGCCCUAGUGGACACGUUGCGCUCCUACGCCGCAGGCUUCAUUUUUACCACCUCUCUGCCCCCGAUGCUGCUGGCUGGGGCGAGGGAGUCCAUCAAAGUCCUGAAGGGUGAGGAGGGCAGGAUGCUCAGGAGGAAACAUCAGAGGAGCGUUAAGCUGCUCAGACAGAUGCUGAUGGACUCUGGACUUCCUGUAGUCCACUGCCCAAGCCACAUCAUUCCUGUCCAGGUGUCAGAUGCAGAGAAGAACUCUGAGAUCUGUGACAUCAUGAUGUCUCGGUAUAACAUAUAUGUCCAAGCAAUCAAUUAUCCCACUGUCGCUAAAGGAGAGGAGCUGCUGCGCAUCGCCCCCACGCCCCACCACACACCCCAGAUGAUGUACUUCUUUGUCGACCGGCUGGUGGAGACGUGGAAGGAGGUGGGUCUGGAGCUGAAGCCACACUCCUCAGGAGAGUGUGACUUCUGCCAGCAGCCUCUUCACUUUGAGCUCAUGACUGAGAGGGAGAAGUCUUACUUCAGUGGCCUCAGUCAUGUGACAUCAGCAGUAGCUUGAUACUACACCAAACACUUGACCCCCAAUGGCCUACCUCCUUCUAUUUUAUCUAUUUAUUGUGUUAAGUUAAGAUAUGCUGUAGGUCAAUCGUAUGAAUGUUUAUUUUGUGAAUGUGUGAAUAAGGUGCUAUUACACUCUCUUUCACUUUAAAAUGAAUCUAUUUUGGCGUGGACUUAGCCUAAUGGUUAAGUUGAGCGCCCAUGUAGCGGGUGGCCCGGGCUCAAUUCCAGCCUGCGGAUCUUUCCCACAUGUCAUUACCCCACUCUCUCCCAGUUUCCUACACUAUCCACUGUCUUCCCCACUUUCAAUAAAUAUAUAAAAGUGUGAUCCUUAUCAAGCCAUAUUCCAAUGUAUUUAAAUUCAGUAACUCUUUCAGGUUGAACAGCAUUUAAUGUUGGUUGUGCACAUUUUCAUAAUAAAUGUUUCUUGCCCUGGA